AUGAAAUCAUUGGUACGAGUAAAUAAAUAUCUCACAAUCUGUAUCACACGUUUGAGCGACAUUACGUUCGUUGGUAUGGCGUUUGCUGUUCCUUCUUCGUCAGGCGUUGAAUUAUGGUCAUGCAAAUUUUGCUCAUUUUUCAAUACGGUUUCAAUUUCUUCAAUUUGUCAUAUGUGUCAAAAAGACAAUGGUGUGACUGUAACUAAAAACAGUACGGUUUGGUCAUGUUGUACAAACGAUCGAAGUAAUCAAACCAAUCAAAUUGCGUCUCACGAUGGAAUAUCAGCGCCAAUCAAACCAGAGUUGCAGAGAUCAUUAUCCACCAAUAUUUCUUCACUGAGUGCCAUAGAACGACAAAAGCAAGAUGAAAUCGAUGCGCAAUGUAAGCUUAUUGAUAUUAUUCAAUACUGUCAAGAGAACCGUAUUCAUUUCGUCGAUGAUCAAUUUUUACCAUCGAAUCGUUCAAUAGGUGCUGAACCACCGAUUGCAUCUGUUUCUCAAUGGUUACGAAUUCGCGAAAUAUCAUCAGACAAUAAUAAUUCAAAGGAACUAUGGACAGUUAUGUCAAAUCCACAUCCAAAUGAUAUUGCACAAGGCUAUUUAGGAGAUUGCUGGCUUAUGGCUGCACUAGCACUUAUUACUGAGAGACCAGAUAUACUUUCUCAUAUUCUUCUUACACCAAUAAUAAAUGAAGAAGGUGUGUACUUAGUGCGUAUAUGUCACAAUGGACUGUGGAAAAUAGUACUGAUUGAUGACUGCUUCCCGUGCACUAAAAAUAAGCGACUUGUAUUUGCAAAGGCUAGACACCGACAGCUUUUUGUUCCAUUGAUUGAGAAAGCAUGCGCAAAAAUAUGGGGUUCUUACAACAAGCUGACUGGUGGUUUCAUGUAUGAAGCAUUACAUCUCCUAACAGGUGCUCCUUCUGAGAAAAUACAAUUAAAUGUGACAGCAAAUGACGAUAAUGAUAAUAGGGACUUACUGUGGGCCAAACUAGUUUCGGCAUGUGAAGCCAAUCUUUUGAUGGGCGCGUCAACAGGCAAUAGCGAUCUACCUGCCGAGGAAUAUCAACGUGUACACCUGAGCCGUAAUCAUGUAUUUUCAGUGCUGGCAUAUCAUGAUCUAUCGUAUACAGAACGUUUCCUUCUACUUCGAGAUCCUCAUGGUAGUUCAAAAUAUACGGAUGAUUUUAUCUGCCCAGACAUACUUCAACAACUUCAGCAGAUUAAAACUGCUGAAGCAAUAAAUGGAACUUUUUGGAUGUCCUGGCUGGUAUUUCUAAGAUUUUUUGGUUCAUUGAUUAUAUGCGCAUAUCGCGAUAAUCUCUUUGAUGUACGAUACGAAGGAAAAUUCACUAGACAUUCGGCUCAAACAGUGCAAGCAUACUAUUUUCAUGUCGAAAAGUCAACAACAAUAACAAUGGGCCUUUUUCAUCAGCGCUCCGAUCGAGAAAAAGAUAACUACCGACACACACAAGCGUUCGUACUUUGUGAUAUUUUAAACACUGAAAUUGGUCAGCGAGAAACUGUUUUACGUAGUAGUCGAAGUGCAUAUACUGAGUGGACAGGAACAUUAUCGUCAGGUGCUUACGUACUUAUUCCAUUUUCGACUUCCUACUGGCAUCGAGAAACAAACAAUGAGGCGGAGGAGGAGGAUGAAAUUAAUUACACAGUAGUGAUUCAUUCAUCAACUAAACUAGACAUACUUAUUACAGAGGAAUCAGGAAAAGUAUUGGCUGAUUGUCUUAUUGCUAAUAUCGUACAACAUCAUCGAAUAAUAAAAAAGAGUUCCAAUUACACUUUAUAUAUUUCCAAAGAGCCUGGUGCCUAUUUGAUUCCAAUUGUUGGUGAGAAUACAUCCACUGAGCAUGCACUUAAUGUUGAUAUUGAUGUAUCUAAAUCGUUAAAUAUUCGCCAUUCUCGCAACACAUCAAUUACAUUUGAUUCGAUUCCAUCGCAGCACCGUCAAAUUCACCUUCUAGUCGAUUAUAUCUAUAAGAGUGGCGAAAACACACGUUAUCGAUACACAUAUUUAUGUGCUCAUAAUGCAGCUGAACGACGACCAACACAACCCAACAUAAGUAGAGCAGAUGAUAUACAUGCUGCACGACCUAUAUAUCAUGGAAAGAAAUCUUAG